GCUCCAAACCUUCUUUACUCUUCACCAGCAACCAUGCCACUGCAACCAUCUCCGGCCAACUUCCGCGGUGGCCAUCACAGUGCGAUCUUGAUUACUUCAAACAAACCCAGAAUUUAUGAUCUUGAUUACGGUUUGCAGAGAGCAAGGUGAACUAGAUUGGAUUGAACAACUGCUUGAAGUUUGCAUUUUGAGAGGGGAUUGGAGAAGGAUUUGUCUUUGACGGCGAUGCGAAGGGAGGGAAACUCGCGGAGAACGUGGGUGCAAAUGGUGUUGCGGGGAGGGUGGCGUCGACGCAAAUCCGCUGAAGAGCCACCAAAACUCAGAUCCGUGCUUUGGCAAGAAGAAGCGUGAAGCACCACCAAAACCCAGCACUCAGUCUUCUCCUCGUCGUUGUUUUGCUGGCAGUGCCGGUGAGCUGACAUUGACGGACAAUGUAGAGAUAAACACGCUGUUUCUAUUCCAAUUACUUUUAUCUGACUGGACCGUGUGAUGCAUCCGAAUCCGCCGUGCUGGUGAACCACACGACGGAGCGGGACUCUUGCACGGUGGUUUCCGGCGGAAUAGAGAUGGCGAAAGCGAGAGAUAGAACCGAAGAUUUCAAAGAUGCAGUGCGCCACAGUGCUCGCUCUCUCGGCUACGAUGAGUGUUGCUCUACUUGGAUCAUGUUUGCCAUCUGCAUUAUGAGAUAGCAAUGUUGUUAAUCACGGAUCACGGAAAGCCAAAAAUCCGCUAUUUCAAGUCCUCACAUAGCGGAAAAUAGCGGUGAGCCCUCAGAGCGCUACACUAUAGCCCCGCGUUGUUGACCGCUAUUUGAGAGAAGAAAAGCAAACAGCAAACUUUCUUUAAAAAUGGCUAAGUUGGCUUCAAUUUUGGCAUCUUUCAUUAUUCAUAAACCUCCGCAAAGGUCUCCAUUUUACAAAGCUGCAUUAAAGACGCUUGAGAGUAUUGGAGAAUUGGAACAGUUUUUGUUGAAGCAUAGAAAGGACUAUACAGAUCUUCACCGCACAACUGAACAAGAGAGAGAUAGCAUUGAGCAAGAAGUCAGUGCUUUUAUUAAAACAUGCCAAGAACAAAUCGAUGUUCUCAAGAAUAGUAUAAAUAAUGAAGAGGAAACUUCAAAAGGUUGGCUUGGCAUUGCGACUGCAAAGGCUAAUGCCGACACCAUUGCCCACAAACAUGGAGUGGUUCUAAUUUUAAGUGAGAGACUCCAUCCAGUUACAGCACAGUUUGAUCAGCUCAGAGCUGUACGCUUCCAGGAUGCUAUUAAUAGAGCAACACCACGAAGAAAACUUAAUCGUGUGACCCGGAAAAAUACUACUGAAACCUCUGAAUCAGGUGAUAUGGAGCUCAGAGAACCUGAUGAGUUACGCAGUGAGCCUUUAAGAGUCCAACAACAACUCUUGGAUGAUGAAACACGAGCCCUUCAGGUUGAAUUGACUAAUCUUCUAGACACAGUCCAAGAAACUGAAACGAAGAUGGUGGAAAUGUCUGCAUUAAAUCACCUCAUGUCUACACAUGUUUUGCAGCAGGCUCAUCAAAUUGAGCAUCUGUAUGAGCAGGCUGUUGAAGCUACUAAGAAUGUUGAGCUUGGAAACAAAGAACUAUCACAAGCCAUUCAGCGUAAUACCAGCAGCAGGACAUUUCUUUUACUCUUUCUAUUUGUGCUUACUUUUUCGAUCCUCUUUCUUGAUUGGUAUAGUUAAGUAUUUCUGGUUUGCUGCUAAUGAUGUAUUUUUUUUAUACGCAAAUGUUAGUUGUUAGUAAAUUAGUCUUCCUCAUGAGUAUUGUUGAUAUCUGUGUUUUACAGCUAGGAAAGCAUUCCCAACCUUAAUUAUGAUUUUUUCCUAUCAACUCAUUUCCUCUAUUGUUGUUGGAA